GCCGCACCCGCAGUAAGUUCCAGCGCGGUUAGAGUUCCGGGUGGUCCGUGCGAGGCGGGGCUCGGCGGUUCCGCCUGCUUCAGCCGCAGCGUCUCCCCGCCUGUCUCGUUGCAUUCUCCAGAGAGGGGACGGACCUCCACCUCCUCUUUCAGAAAAAUGUCUGCUCCAGCUCAGCCACCCGCUGAAGGGACAGAAGGGGCUGCUCCAGGUGGGGGUCCUCCUGGUCCUCCUCCCAACAUGACCAGUAACAGACGGCUACAGCAAACCCAGGCACAAGUGGAGGAGGUGGUGGACAUCAUGCGUGUGAAUGUGGACAAAGUCCUGGAGAGGGACCAGAAGCUGUCAGAGUUGGAUGACCGAGCUGACGCCUUGCAGGCCGGAGCGUCACAAUUCGAGAGCAGUGCUGCCAAGCUAAAGAGGAAGUAUUGGUGGAAAAACUGCAAGAUGAUGAUCAUGCUGGGAGCCAUCUGCGCCAUCAUCGUGGUAGUUAUUGUAAUCUACUUUUUUACUUGAGAAUGUACCAUCCCUUCCCUGUUCUCCAUUGCCAUCCAAGCUCAUGUCUUUUUCCCUCUGUUUGCUCUCUCAACAAACUCCUCCAUCUACCUUUCUCCACUCUAGCCCAGGCCUCUCCAUCAUCCAUCCUCCUUUUUUGUUGCAUUCAUUUGCACUCUCUUCCUCAACACUGGAAAUGCUGCUCGUGGCACACACAGUCUUGAAGUCACUAUCCAAAGAGCAACAGCUGGCACCUCCUCCUUACCCAUUUAGUGUGUACCCCAGAGCUUAAAAGAGUGUGGCUAAAGGAAGGAGGAGGACAGGAAUGGCAGAGGUGAAGUGUCUGAGAAGCUGGCAUGGCUGAGGGGGGGAGAAGGAUAUUUGUGUCCAUAGCGUCUUUUAGAAAGGCUCUCCUUCGGAAAGGGGAGCAAGAAUAGUUUGGAAGUAGUAGCUUGCUGCCUAUUUUAUAUAUAUGUAAUAGUUGGGAACUACUUCCUGCUGCCCUCAUUUUGGAACUCCCCCUACCCCAUACCAGGCCUAUCUUGAGUCCUAGAGGUCUGUUUAAAGACCAACUUUGAGUCCCUUUUAGAAAGUCAAACUUGUAUUUUGUAGUUAAUGCCUGUCAGUCCAAGAAUUUCUGUCUCUGGGGGAUUUACAGCCUUUUACCUUGUUCUCUGUAGGCCUAGAAAACAAGUCCUUACUGAUUCUAAAAGCAGCAGGAGAUGCUUUCUCCUAGAAGCUGCCCACGUGCUUCUGAUUAGGAGCUGCUCCCUUUAUGUCUCCUGAAGCACUUUAUGUUGUUCAUGAGGGCACCGGAUAAUUUCAAUGGAUCGGGGGCUUUGACAGUAACAGGCUUUUGGGAAUAUGCUUCUUGACCCCUCAUUAGUGGAAGUCCUCUAUCUCCCCUGCUGUUGAUAAAGGGAUAUGAGAGUUAAAUGGUGAGGCUCCCCGGCUCCCCCAGAACCCUUUCCUCCACACCACCCCUGUGUUCUUGCCUCAGACCGGGAUGAGGCAGGAAGGCCUUUCCAGAUUGAGAGAAGUCCAGCAAAGCCCACAGCUUGGCCUUGGAUAGGAGGGUAGCAGCCUGUGACAGGUGUACUGUGAACUGCUGUGCCGCAUGAGGCCUCACAUCUGCAGCUGCCUGCUACUCUUCCUUCAGCUCCUUCCCAGAACCACCCUUGCCCAUCUGAAUUCUGCACUGCCUCCUUUCUUUCAUUACCCUUGCAUGCUUUAUGAGUACAGACAUUGGAAUCCGAGGAUAGGAGCUGCUCAGUCUGUCUUGGGAGCUUCUGCUAAGCCUCACAAUAGGCUGCUGCAUGGGAUAAACCCAGGUGCGAGGGGAGAAGGGCAGGUGGGAGCCGGAGGGGAAUGUUCUCAGGCCUUUAUUCCUUCUGUCCUCUGGCCCACAAGCAGGAACAGGCUGGAGUCAUGCUAGGCUGGGUACCCACUUUCCACGCAGCAGCAUUUCAUUCUGCAAAACCAUUCUUCCUUUCCCUUUGCCCAUUUCCCACAUUCCCUUCGUCCUGCCUCAGGGCAGGACUGAAGAGCUGGAAGAAAGCAGUCAGUGUACCCUCCCAGCGUUCCCCUGGAAGGUCUCCACUAUCCUCUGGGCUUCUUUUGCUAAUUCAGGGGGGUCACCGCUGGAGAAGAACCAACAGUGUCCUCGAUGUAUCCCAAGCCUGGAGCAAAUUUACCCUGUUGGCCCACCCAGCCCUAGCACAGGAAUUAUUUCCUGGGUUCUGCCCCUCUGAGGCUUACCAGGUGUAGUUGGCUUUGUUCUUUUGGGGGUGUUAGCCCUUCUACUUUCUUUCUCACCCCACCCUGAACCCUCUUCUGUGUCUUUGCAGUCUCCUUCCCCCUCCACCCAUGUGCAUGAGCAAGUAUACAGUAAACCCUGGGACUUUGCCGUCAGUUGAAGUCAAGCUUCCCACAUCCCCUUCUUUGGUUUGCCAUGAGAUGAUGUGGGGUUUCCAUUGUGUCUGUCAUUACCUGUCUGUCUUUUUCCUAACCCAGUCUCAUAGUUUAUGUAUAGCAGUAAGAGUUCUUCCACCAAAGGCAUGUGACAUAUUUACCAAUUUCAUGUAUUCUCAACAAAGGCGAAAAAUACAGAUUCCUACCACAACACCGA